ACUUUUAUUCGGACAAUGAUAUGUAUAGUCGUGAAAUUGAUUACUUGUAAUCUGCUUGUUGUUGUUUUUGUUUUGGAGAGGUCGCUUAAUUUGCUCAGGUUUCACUGCAAAUGUACUGAUAAAUAGAACCAGAGACGGCGGAUAACGCUGUACGAUACAAGGAAAUAAAAACGAGUCCAUGGAUUGGCGAUAAUGCUUGGCCAAACGCUGGGGCGAAAGAUAAUUGCGACUGGACUGGGGAGCGAAUGAACGGUAUUCAUAUAUAAUUGGGAAUUAAUGAAAAGGAUUUCCUCCAGCCCAUUUCUCCAAACUUCUGAAUGCGCAUGACGUGGACUGCAUGAUGUACGUUGUCGACAUUUACCCGUCUUAUUCUUCAUUGUGAUAUACAGGCAAAUACACCUAUAGACCGUUGUUAUUGAAGUUAUAUAUCCCGAAAUGAAGUGGCUGAGAAAUAAGAACUCUCUAUGAACCAGCUUUAAAGAAAAUUCAGAUAGCUUAGAAGAAAUGAAGCAGUCGCCGAGGAAACCGGAUAUCGAAAUGUAUUAAGUCACGGGUCAAUAUUCAGAUGAUCUACAGUAUGAAGAACUCGCGAGAGAGGAGUGGUUUUACUCAUAGCGUUCUUGAAUAACCUCACUUCGUGAACUUUAAACUACAGAUCCGAUGCUUCGUAUUUCGACAACUACGAACAUGAUGUCGACGUCAAAUCUAGCGGAGAAUGAGACACUUGCAACGACGACAGCGACGGUUGUUCCCAAUCCUGCAGAUCAUGGCGUAGUUCUCAGUUGUUCCUGGGCGGAAAAUGGACCAAACAGAACCCGGGUAGAAGAAACACUCAGUCUCUGGUUCGACGCCCAUGUCUACAUGUUCGCAUCAAGCAACGUGAUCAUAAUUGUCUAUGCAAUUUACGCCAUCAUUCAAGUCUUCAGGCAACAUCGUACUCGCAAGCGUCUCUCGGUAGCAUUGCAUGCUAUGAUUGCAAUGACAUCAUUAACGAGAUCGUGUUCGCUGUUGAUUGACCCGUAUAGCUUACGAGGGGUCAUACCGUGUCCUUUGAACGUCAUCAUCUGGUCGUUGGGUUGGCCGGGAGUCGUGUCUUCGUACAGCAUCUUUUUCCUCGUUGCGCUUGAAACGACGAAUUUGGCGCCAGCAUCGCGACGAUUUCAACGAUUCUUAGUUCUCCUCGUCAUCAUCACUGUCAGCAUCGGGUACGUUCUGUUUGCGGAUCUCCUUGUCUCUUUUAUACCGAGCUCCAGCGUCGCCUUUAUCGUCUGCGAGAUCAUUUUCAUUGUCUGGGGUUUUGUCCUCACCAUCGGGUUUGUCUACGUCUGGUGGAAAAUACGGAAGAACCUCUCGGCGUCGUGUCCGAGGAACACCCGUGAACGACGUCGAUCAUCACUCAAUGGUUCAUUGGUCGCCGUCGCUAAAAACGAAGCUCGUCGACUUACAUGUCUCGUCACUAUUCUCAUCACCAGUGCUGUGAUUUGUCUUAUUUUAACACUGUCCCACGUUGGACUACUCAUCGGUACAUUGUAUAGAAGCUUCUUGGAUUUUGAAGCAAACACAUUUCAAUGGAUUUUAUUUCAAACAGGUCAGAGGAUACUCGAGAUUGUUUUGUGUGUUCUUAUAGCAAUAGCCAUGUUAAAUUCAUCACACAAUCAUCAACAAAACAAGAAUAAUCUUAACAGAGACACAAAUUUUAGAACAUCCGUUGCAAAUGGAUUGGAUAACAGGGCGAUUGAUUGUUGAUGACCAAAUAAGAUUCAGCGAUGACGAAAUGGAAUAUUGUUAUUCGCCAAACUUUUCUUGGACGAUACAGUGUAGCUUCUGUAGGUGCUUGGUAUCAUGAAGCAUAUACCCGGGGCUGUGAUUUUAUGUUAUGAAUGGGGAGUGUUGGGGCACUAGUACAGCCCCUAAAGGCCAUCGCACAUCUUACGAUUGGUCUGCGACCCGACUUUGGUGGAAUAAAACAUCUUAGAAUUUGACGCUAUCAUUGAGCCAUGGAAUAUCUUACUGUGUAAAGCCCCUUUCACAAUUGACGUACGACCACUUGCGACCUUUUGGUCGUGCGACAGGCUGCAACAGGCAUCAAUCGCCAGUCAUCUCAUAAUAUCGCACAGAGGCUUUCACAGUUGCAACAGCUGUCGUACAACAAAAACAACCAGUAAAACCCGUUGCACGAGUAAGUCGCUUAUGAUCCUAUUGUGCUCGUGCGAUCACAUGCGAGUGUUGCACGAGGGAUUGCGAGGGGAACGGUCGCACACAACGGUAGUGCAAUGUUGUAAGCCGUUGCGAUCGGUCUUGCAACAGUCUUAUGGCACAUCGUAUUAUCGCACCCAGUCGCAAGACAGGUCUCUGUACAUGUAGGUCGCUAGCACAUGUGCAAGUGUUGUACGACCUCCAGUCGAGUAAAUGCGACUACUUAGUUGUGCCACCUCUCGCACCAAGUCGUGCAACGUUGAACAACACUCCCACGAUGAUCGCCCGACCGAUGGUACGACCCCGGAUACGAGCUGAUGCGAGUGAAUCGGUCGUAUUUGAUCGCGUUCGGAUUUUGAACAUGUUCAAAGUUCAGAUGUGACCAGUCACGACCACCUCGAGUUCGUGCGACCGUCUACAACGACUGCGAGUGCUCGCAAGUCACCAAGAGAUCGAUCGUGCAACAGCAGAAAAAAACUGUUGCAGGCGGUCGUAAACUGGUCGGAUGUCAAUUGUGAAAGGGGCUGUACGGUCGCAUACAUGCGAAUGCAACGGUAGUGGAAUGUUGUAAGCCGUAAUUUCGAUCGGUCUUGCAACAGUCUUAUAUUAUCGCAACCAGUCGCAAGACUGGUCUCUGUAGGUAUCUAGCGCAUGUGCAAGUGUUGUACGACCUCCAGUCGACUAAAUGCGACUAUACGUAGUUGUGUCACCUCUCGCACCAAGUCGUACAACGUUGAACAACACUCACACGAUGAUCGCCCGACCGAUGGUACGACCUGAUGCGAGUAAAUCAAUCGUAUUUGAUCGCGUUUGGAUUUUGAACAUGUUCAGAUUCAGAUGCGACCAGUCACGACCACCUCCGACCACCUCAAAUUCGUGCGUUCGUCUACAACCACUGCGAGUGCUCGCAAGACACCAAGAGAUCGAUCGUGCAACAACAAGAAAAAACUGUUGCAGGCGGUCGUAAACAGGUCGUACGUCAAUUGUGAAAGGGGCUUUAAUAAUGUUUUAAAUCAUCGUACGAAUACCUAAGUUCAAAUCUGUGACUUUUCUAUCAUUCUGAUUAUAAAAAAAGCGAAUUUUAUAUCAAGUCGUUUUGACGUCAUAGCAAUCGUACGAUUGGCUACGAUUUGAAACUAAUUUGCUCUUUACUCCAAAAUGAUGGCUUGCAAUCAUCCCAAAUUUUUGUAUUUGUAUUCUUUUAGUUAAUCUAACCUCAAAUAAGAUGAUACUUUUCAUUCACAUUUUCAGAAAAAUAAGCAAAAUGCGAUUUGUUCCAAAAAUCGGAUCGUGGACCAGUCGAUCGUAAUGUGUGCGAUGGCCUUAAAGUGCUUCCAAAGGCCAAAGACGAGUAAUUACAAAAAUUGCGGGGGUUUAAAAAAGUUCCAUUUUGCUAUCGAAACACGCUCUUGCUUUAUAUGUAUAUAAUUAUUUGCAUAUGUUGGUUUCAUUUGGUCAUUCAAAUUUUAGAACAAAACCUUGAAAUUAAAGGGCGAUACCCCAGGAAACUAAAUUCGAGGGACGUGCCCCCAUUCCUAGGGAAUGCAGACUAUAUAUGGUAUCUGUAACCCAUAUAAAAUGAUAAUGUUGAUGUAAUCCUAGCUUAUGCUGAAUUAUGUCAGGCCACAUCCGUUGCCUCAUCGAUUACAAUAUAUCUAAAUCCAAUAGUAUAAUUAAUGAGCAUACGAAGUACAAAAUCUGAAAAAUAUUGAAU